CGGUGUCUGCUGAUGAAAACGGGACAGAGGAGCAGUGAGAGGCCGACAGAGGGAUACAGUUUCCCCUCCUCCACCCACCCCCUGUGUGAUAUUACUGAAUACAGCAGCGGCGGACUUCAGGUAAGAGGAAGGAGCGUUUGUUUCUUUGGGGCGUUUUCUGGUCAGUGUGAGGCUGACUGAGGAGCAGAGCACACUGCGGCACAGCUGCUGCUCACCCAUUCAUCAGGAGACACACAGCUCACCUCAGGGUGUCAAUAUGUCAACACCGAUCAGCGCUGAGGAGAUGGAGGAGAUCAGGGAGGGCUUCCAGAAAGUGGACUUGGAUGGUAAUGGGUACAUCACCGCCUCUGAACUCGGUAACCUCUUCAACGAGGUGCGCCGUCCUUUGCCCGGGUACCAGAUCAGAGAACUCCUUCAGAAGCUGGACAGAGACAACGACAGUCGCAUCAGCCUCGAAGAGUUCACGGCUAUUUUCCAGGACUUGAAGAAUGACCGCAUGGCCCAGGGUUUCAGGAAAGCCCUCAACAAGAAAGAAGGCAUCGUGGCCAUCGGGGGCACCAGCGAGAUCUCCAGUGAAGGAACUCAACAUUCAAUCUCUGAGCAGGAGCGCUUUGCUUUCGCCAACUACAUCAACUCUUCUUUGGAGAAGGAUCCAGACUGUCAGCACGUCCUGCCCAUCAACCCCAGCACCGAAGCUCUGUUUAAAGCGUUGGCCGACGGCAUCGUGCUUUGUAAACUCAUCAACCUCUCUGUCCCUGACACCAUCGAUGAGAGAACCAUCAAUAAAAAGAAACUCACGGCGUUCACCACACAGGAGAAUCUGAACUUGGCUCUGAAUUCAGCCUCGGCCAUCGGCUGCCAAGUUGUCAAUAUCGGAGCUCAAGAUCUGAAGGAGGGAAAGCCUCACCUGGUGCUUGGACUCCUCUGGCAGAUUAUCAAGAUAGGACUGUUUGCUGAUAUAGAGCUGAGCCGCAAUGAAGCUAUAGCGGCGCUGCUGGAGGAAGGAGAGAGUCUGGAAGAGUUGAUGAAACUCAGUCCUGAGGAGCUGCUGCUGCGCUGGGCCAAUUUCCAUUUAAAGAAAGUCGGCAUGUCUAUAUCCAACUUUUCCAGUGAUAUUAAGGACUCCAAGGCGUACUUCCACCUGCUUGAGCAGAUCGCUCCAGACGGCACCAAAGAGGACGUGCCACGGGUUGAUGUUGACAUGACGGGUGUUUAUGAGAAGGAUCUCUCCAAGAGAGCAGAGUGUAUGCUCCAACAGGCCGACCGUCUCGGCUGCAGACAGUUUGUAACCGCCACCGAUGUCGUGUGUGGAAACGCGAAGCUCAACAUGGCCUUUGUGGCCACGCUCUUCAACAAACACCCGGCUCUCACCAAACCAGAGAACCAAGACUGGAAUCUGGAGAGUGAGACCAGAGAGGAGAGGACUUUCAGGAACUGGAUGAACUCUCUUGGAGUCAGUCCACAUGUUCAUCACAUCUAUGGUGAUCUGCAGGACGCCAUGGUGAUUCUACAACUUUAUGAGAAGAUUAAGGUGCCAGUGGACUGGGACAACAAAGUCAACCUUCCUCCCUUUAAGGGAGUCGGAGGAGGACACUUAAAAAAGAUGGAAAACUGCACCUACGCUGUGGACCUGGGGAAGAACAGCGCUGGUUUUUCUCUGGUGGGAAUUGGCGGACAGGACCUCUACGACGGAAACGCAACUCUAACUCUGGCACUGGUGUGGCAGCUGAUGAGGAGGUACACUUUAAAUGUUCUGGAAGACCUUGGACACGGAGAAGUUGCGGGAGACGAUUUGAUCAUCUCAUGGGUCAACAAGACUUUGUCUGAGGCCGGCAAGACUUCCUCUAUCAAAAGCUUUAAGGACAAAUCAAUCGCUACCAGUAUUCCAGUUCUGGACCUGAUCGACUCCAUUCAGCCGCAGAGCGUGAACUUUGAUCUGGUUAAAACAGAGGAUCCGUCAGACGAAGACAAACUGGACAAUGCCAAGUAUGCCAUUUCCAUGGCGAGGAAGAUCGGGGCGAAAGUUUACGCGCUGCCUGACGACUUGGUGGAGGUCAAUCAAAAGAUGGUGAUGACCAUCUUUGCCUGCCUGAUGGGAAGAGGCAUGAAGAAGGCCUAAAGGACACACACACACACACACACACACACACACACACACACACACGCACACGUUGACUGACUGGUUUGAUUGGAUGAGACCUGAAGACGGUGAACAUUUUGUCCUGUUACGGUUAUUCAGCAUUAGUGUUACUUUAUCCAUCUAUUCAGAAAUCAGUAACAGAGAAGGACAGGGACAGUUUGCAGUGAAGUAAGACUUCUCUAACAGCUCUACAUGAUAAAUAUUUUGGGGUUUUAGUGAUAUUGCCCAUAGAUGAAUACAAUGUCCAGUCCAGGGUCUGCCCAGUGCAUACUGGGAGAGACUGUCGCCCGUCUGUGACCCUGACAAGGAGUAAGGAAGCCUGUCGAGAAAAUAAACGAAUAAAAGGUUUUGUAAUUUUUUUUAAAAUAAGGUUUUGUUUCUUUACAUGUAAAGGCCGUGACACAUGAGAAACAUUCAAAGACAAUGAACUACAUCUACCAUGAACACGAAGCUAAAAUUCAGGGUCAUGCUUAAUUUGCCAAUGACACAGUUUCCCAUGUGUCACCGCCUUGUGAUAUACCAACUGAGUUCUGCUGUAUCUUCCAAUGUGCCAGCCAAGUAUGAGCAUUUAUUGUACUUAAGCCAUAAUAUAAUAUUCUUAACUGAAUAUCUUUUGGCCUUUUUUUUUACAAUAUCUGACCAAAGCUGUGCUAGAUUUUAGGCAGUUUAUGUCGUCACACUAGAAACUAUAAAACUAAAUACCUUAUUUGUUUGUUUGACUCACUCAUUAUGUAAUUAAGGUAUUUUUUAAUGAGAUUUUAAGGGACUGAUUAGGAGAUAGAUUAAUGUUCUACAUGUAUACUGUUUUAUAAGCAACACAUUUCUCAAAAAUCAGGUAUUUUUUUAUGGUGUUAGGGAUUUAACACCUUAAUUUAUGCAGGAAAUACAUUCAAAUCCAUCAAUUCAUUAAUGUAUCCAUUAUGAAAACACAAUUCCGGUGUAUUAAACGUCCGAAUAUUGCAUAAGAAUCCCUUAAAAUGUCAUUUAUUUGUGCCUGAAAAUAUUUCCCAGUGAUUCCCAGACUAUUUGUACAGGGACACUGUACUUUAAACGAUGUCAAAGAGCUUCAACUCGUGUUUUUCUGUUGCUGAUAUAACAGUCAUGACUCAUAUGUGGCGGUACAAGACAUCCUCUGACAAAUUCCUCGUCCUGUGUUAGUCUGAGACGUGAGCACACUUAGUUUUGAAAUGGAUAUAGGUUAUCCGGUUUUGCUGCUGCUGAUCUUAACAUUCCACCGUCAACAUGUUUUCUUCUUUUAUCCCAAAUGUUUCUCUGUAAAGCGUUUUCCAAUCAACUGUUUAUCUUUGUCGGCAGUUUUGCUUUGCACGAUAGCAAUACUCCCAAAAUCUAGUGUGUGCAAACAGGUGAAUAAUGUUAAAUAAAAGCAUUUUUCGGUA